GGCCGCCCGUUUCCACAGCUCCGCUCACUGCCCGCCCGCCCGUCAGCGCCCCUGCGACUGCGCGCGUACUGUCAGUCGUCACGCCACACUGUUGCGCGGGCUCACCGCCACAUCGAUUCCACCACAUGACUCUAGUGCUGAACCCCGUGAAGUGAUAAUGAGCGUGCGAAAUGAGGACCCCAGUGCCUGUCCUGACCUACUUCAAUAUUACAGAUCGAUCUCCACAUUUGACGUAAUGCCGAUGCAUUAAACCGUCGCCCCCCAUGACCGACAACUAAGGUGGCAGUAUUACGCGAAAAUGGCGUCAUCGGUCCGCAAAUAGAGCCGGCCGGGGCGAUGGGCUCGUAGCGGCAUGGAGGAGGACGAGAGGCGGCUGUCGUUCCCGCCGCCGGCGCCGCUCAACUCGCCCGGAGAAGAGAUCGACGGCUCGCGGCUGCUGGGCGAGAUCGUGAGGACGCUCGAGGCCACGAACCCGGAGGCGGCGGCGCCGCUCGUGGCGUCGCAGUCCCGCGAUGCGCUCGACGCGCCCGAGCAGCGGCCGCGCCGCGAGGAGCUGCGCAUCGCGCUCGACGUCACGUUCUCGGAGCCGGCGAAGCGCAGCGACGGGGAGCCGCGGGCGGUCGUCACCCCGUUCACGCGCGACUCCGCCAAGCGCGCCGGCUCGCGCGGCGCGCAGCUCGUGCGGGAGUUCGGCUUCAUGCCUCGGCGCCGGCUCAGCGUGGAAGACGGAGCCCGGCUGCCGAGGAAGUUCGAACCCUUCCCGCCCAAGCUGUACGGACGCCCGCUCGAGGAGAUCGACAAUUUCAUUUACGAUGAGACUUUCUGUGUGGUGUCAAAACGGUUUCGCAAGAACUACAUCCACCGGUUCACGGCGACCCGCUCGUUGUUCUGGUGGUCGCCCUGGUCGCCGGUGCGACGCGCGUGCGUCUACCUCUCCACCAACCAGUACUUCGACUACUUCGUCAUGGCCACCAUUCUGCUCAACUGUGUCUUCCUCGCCAUGUCGGAGACGAUCGAAGAGGCUGAAUACAUAUUUCUGGCGAUCUAUACGGCGGAGAUGAUAAUCAAGUGCAUCGCAAAGGGUUUCAUUCUAAACAAGUACACGUACCUACGUAACCCGUGGAAUUGGCUGGACUUCGUUGUGAUCACGUCGGGUUACGCAACCAUCGGCAUGGAGGUCGGCAACCUGGCCGGGUUGCGGACCUUCAGGGUGUUGAGGGCUUUGAAGACUGUUUCUAUUAUGCCAGGUCUGAAGACUAUCAUCAACGCAUUGCUCCACUCGUUCAAGCAGCUCGCCGAAGUAAUGACGCUGACGAUCUUCUGUCUGAUGGUGUUCGCGUUAUUCGCGCUGCAGGUCUACAUGGGGGAGCUCAGGAACAAGUGCGUGCAGGACCUGGAUGUACCUGUUGGGGAGAACUUUACUGAUGAACUAUGGUCGAGUUGGAUCAGUGACUCAUCGCACUGGAUGGUGGAUGACGAAUUAGUGCCUAUAAUCUGCGGUAACCUGACCGGUGCGCGGCACUGUCCCCCGCAGUUCACGUGCCUGUGUGUUGGACCCAACCCCAAUCAUGGGUACACCAACUUUGACAACUUCCUCUGGUCCAUGCUCACCACUUUCCAACUGAUCACCCUCGACUACUGGGAAAACGUUUAUAAUAUGGUGUUAUCGUCGUGCGGACCGAUGUCGGUGUCUUUCUUCACUGUGGUGGUGUUCUUCGGGUCCUUCUACCUCAUCAACCUGAUGCUGGCCGUCGUGGCGCUCAGCUACGAAGAGGAGUCGCAAAUUACCCAAGAGGAAAGGAAGAAGGAUCUAAAUGAACAUCGGGACGACUCGACCUUUAGUUUCGACCCCUCAUCCUUGUCAGUUAGAACGCUAGCGAAGGACUCAAAAAAGCGUAUAGACGCAAGAAAAGGUCUACUACUGGCCUCGUACUCGAGAAAACGGACGAGAAGACGUAAACGUGGCAAAAGCACCAUUCUUCAUGCUAACACUGUGACUGGAGCGGAGAGGUCCCGGUCCAGGUCGCGAUCGCGGUCAGUGACCCCGAGUGGAUCACCACCGCCGCUGCCCACGCCUGCACCUCCGCCCCCGCCACCUCAUACUCUGCAUCCUGAUAACGCUUUAGGUCGCGGUGCCCUAAGCGUCGCUGGUCGACAGCUUAGUGACCACAGCAACAACCGGGAGUCUUCGUUGGAUGACUCUGGUGUCGUGGACGACCACGAUGACGGCGAGCAUACCUCCGACGACCAAGCGCCGCAUCCGCACCGCCGACACCUGCUUCCGUAUCCUCCUGCUCCACCUGCUACACUACCUCUUAAACAAGAAUCAAAAAAACAAGAAACGAAGCUUAAGAAUGGUUCCAAAACUGAAAUACAAGUGGAUCAAACGAAAAAGGGCGAGAAAGGCAGCAUUGAAGAAAAAUAUCCGCUAAACCCCGACUACCUUAAUCAGAUUGUGGUUCUAGGGGCGGACUGGCCAUACAAGCGCGCGCCCGACCUCCCCCAAGCGGAGACGACGAAAAUUAAUGAGCUCAGUUUAUUGGCAGCCACGCACAAAUCUCAUAUGGGCAAUUACGAGCAAAAUUGCACUUACUUCACAGAUGAACUUGUGGACAGGAACUGCGAGUGCUGCGUUACUUGUUGCAUAGACUAUGAAGGAUGGUUGCAGUUCCAAAACUGUUUGUAUGGAAUAGUAAAGGAUCCACUAUUUGAACUGUUUAUAACUACUUGUAUAGUUCUCAAUACACUCUUCUUGGCUCUUGAGCAUCAUGGUAUGAGCGAAAAUGUUAGAUCAGCUUUAGACAUAGGAAAUAAGGUUUUCACGUCAAUAUUUACGCUAGAAUGUAUAAUGAAAGUUAUGGCCAUGAGUAAAGACUACUUCGCAUGUGGGUGGAACAUAUUCGAUUUGAUCAUCGUUUCAGCUAGUCUCUUGGAUCUUAUAUUCGAGCUUGUGGAUGGCCUGUCAGUGUUAAGAGGCCUUAGAUUGUUACGAGUGUUAAAAUUAGCCCAAUCAUGGACUACAAUGAAAGUUUUGUUGAGUAUUAUAAUAUCGACAAUAGGUGCUCUUGGUAAUUUGACGUUCGUGCUAGUUAUAGUUAUAUACAUUUUUGCUGUUAUCGGUAUGCAGUUGUUCUCGAAAUCAUACACGCAUGAAAAGUUCGAUCCGGACCCCGUCCCCAGGUGGAAUUUCAACGAUUUUUUCCAUUCAUUCAUGAUGAUAUUUCGCAUCCUCUGCGGAGAAUGGAUCGAGCCUCUUUGGGAUUGCAUGCGCGCAGAGGAAGAGAGCGGCGCAGAAAGUUGCUUCUUCAUUUUCCUUCCCGCCCUCGUCAUGGGAAACUUUAUGGUGCUCAACCUCUUCCUUGCCUUGUUGCUUAAUAGCUUUAACAGUGAAGAACUUAAGAAUAAAAAAGAGGAAGUAGGAGAAGAUUCAAAAUUAGCGAAAAGUUUUGAUAGAAUACGUUCAAUAGUAAGAAAAAAAGGUUUCCUUAUAUCCAAAAGUAAAGAGACUGAAAAAAAAACUAAAUUAGAAGAGUUAGUUACUGAAUUCAUGAUACAACAACGCGCUAUUGAGGAGCAUAAAAUGCCAAUGCCAAUGCCAACAGAACAGAGAUAUUCCUCUUCAGUGCAAGAAACUAUUUUAUUUCCUCACGAUAAUGUUUAUAGCCAUAGUUAUCAAGAAGCAUUAAACAGGCCAAUAUCCGUAGGAUCCGACUUUGGUUACUUGUUCCAAGCAGGCAACGUUAAUCAUGGCAGUCAGGAAACGUUAAAAGAUGUGCGAGAUUUAGCAGCCGAACAUAAGAUCACUAGUAUACGAGAAGAUUCAAAAGAAAAUUUAGAUGACAGUGCACCUACUGACCAAAUUGCGGUGCAAAAACUGCUGAAUCAAAUGUCAUCUGGAUAUCAUACGCAACCUUCAGACUCGAGAGAUGAAUUUGAACAAUAUGAGAUGGCACAAAUAUCUAGUAAAACAACACCAGAAAAAUUUAGGCGACAAGGAAUAGGAAUUGGAGUAGGAAUAGGAGGAGUAGAGAUGCCAAAACAUCUUAGUAGAGAGUUGGGGAAGCGACCUGAGGACGAGGAUAUGAAGCAUCCCUGGCAAACAUUGGUCUCAUAUGUAGAUGAAAUAACUGUAGGAGGGAGAAAAAAUUCUAAAGGCCAAUACAUGGAUCCAACGGGAAAAUUUCCAGGUUUCGGAAAGAGUAAGGAGCCGAAAGAGCCUGAAAAUUGUUUCCCUAAACAAUGUUAUAAACAAUGUUCUUGUUGGGAUGCUUGUAUUCAAACAAAGUUAGGUCAGAGAUGGAUGCUAAUACGUACAUACGUAGUCCGCUAUGUCGAUACGCCAGCAUUUGAGUGGUUCGUUUUAGUUCUCAUCUUCGCUUCGAGCAUCACUUUAUGUUUUGAAGAUAUACAUCUAGAAAAAAAUAAACCACUCAAGAAGAUACUUUAUUGGACAAAUCUUAGUUUUUGUAUGAUCUUCGUUAUAGAAAUGUUUUUCAAAUGGAUAGCGUUGGGGUUCUAUAGAUAUUUUACCAGUUUUUGGACGUUGUUAGAUUUUACUAUAGUUUUCGUAUCAGUAUUUAGUUUAUUAAUAGAAGAAAAUGAAAAUUUAAAAGUGUUGAGGUCACUAAGGACAUUGCGUGCACUUCGACCUCUAAGAGCAAUUUCUCGGUGGCAAGGAAUGCGAAUAGUUGUAAAUGCAUUGAUGUAUGCAAUACCUAGUAUAUUCAACGUGUUAUUAGUAUGUUUAGUUUUUUGGUUAAUAUUUUCCAUUAUGGGCGUACAAUUUUUUGGGGGUAAAUUUUUUAAGUGUGUGGACGAGGAAGGUGUUUUAUUACCCUUAGAGGUAGUUAAUGAUAAAUGGGAGUGCUACUACAAUAAUUUUUCUUGGAUAAAUUCUAAGAUAUCCUUCGACCAUGUCGGUAUAGCCUACUUAGCCCUAUUUCAAGUAGCCACUUUCGAGGGAUGGAUGGAAGUUAUGGCUGAUGCUGUGGACGCGCGAGGGGUAGACUUGCAGCCGUCAAGGGAGGCCAAUCUUUACGCAUACAUAUAUUUCGUUAUUUUCAUUGUAUGCGGAUCGUUCUUCACACUAAAUCUAUUUAUAGGAGUAAUUAUAGAUAAUUUUAAUAUGCUCAAGAAAAAAUAUGAAGGUGGUGUACUAGAAAUGUUUCUAACGGAAAGCCAAAAACAUUAUUACACUGCUAUGAAGAAAUUAGGUAGAAAAAAGCCCCAGAAAGUAAUAAAGAGGCCAAGAAAUCAAUUUCUAGCAAUGUUUUAUGAUUUAUCUAAUUCUCGAAGAUUCGAAAUAGCUAUAUUUGUUCUAAUAUUUCUUAAUAUGCUAACAAUGGGUAUAGAGCAUUACGACCAACCUCAUUCGGUUUUCUUCGUAUUAGAAGUUAGUAACGCGUUUUUUACAACAGUUUUUGGCUUAGAGGCUAUAGUUAAGAUAAUCGGUCUACGUUACCAUUAUUUCACAGUUCCGUGGAACGUUUUUGAUUUUUUGCUAGUUUUAGCUUCGAUCUUAGGUAUUCUUAUGGAGGAUAUUAUGAUAGAUUUACCAAUAUCCCCUACACUUCUGAGAGUGGUCAGAGUUUUUCGCAUAGGGAGAAUUUUAAGACUGAUUAAAGCCGCUAAAGGCAUAAGAAAACUGUUGUUUGCGUUGGUGGUGUCCUUACCAGCUCUGUUCAACAUCGGUGCCUUGCUAGCCCUGAUUACCUUUAUCUAUGCGAUCAUUGGCAUGUCCGUAUUUGGACACGUAAAGGAGCAGGGCGCUCUUGAUGACAUUGUCAAUUUUCAGACUUUUGGUAGAAGUAUGCAACUGCUUUUUCGCCUUAUGACAUCAGCUGGUUGGAACGAUGUCCUAGAGUCUUUAAUGAUCCAGCCUCCUGAUUGCGAGUUAGGCGAUCAUGGCCACUCUAAUGGAAACUGUGGGAGUCCAUUAUUAGCAAUAACGUAUUUUACUUCUUUCAUAAUAAUUAGUUAUAUGAUUGUCAUCAACAUGUACAUUGCUAUCAUCCUCGAGAAUUUCAAUCAGGCUCAUCAAGAGGAAGAGAUUGGUAUCGUAGAAGAUGAUUUGGAAAUGUUCUACAUUCGGUGGUCGAAAUACGAUCCACAUGCUACUCAAUUCAUAAGUUUUGCUCAACUAUCAGAUUUCAUAGCCUCUUUAGAUCCCCCACUAGGUAUAUCCAAGCCAAAUACAGUAGCACUCGUCAGCUUUAAUUUGCCUAUUGCUAGAGGCAAUAAGAUCCAUUGUUUGGACAUCCUACAUGCACUUGUUAAGCAUGUACUAGGUCAUGUGGAGGAAACAGAAACCUUCAGACAACUCCAAGAACAAAUGGAUAUUAAAUUUAAGAAGCAGUUUCCUACGAGAAAAGAAUUAGAAAUAGUUUCUUCAACUAGAAUAUGGAAGAGAGAAGAUAAAGCCGCACGAACAAUACAACGGUCGUGGAGGGAAUACGUCAAGAGAAAAAAUCGAAGUCCCUCGCCGGAAGAAGAAGAAAGCACCAAGUGGUCACCAGGUCACGGUUGGGGUGGUAAACUCAGCGCGUUGCUUCAUGUACGAAGAGGAUCCCACGCGUCCAGUAGAAAGUCCUCAAGAGCGUCUGACGCUUCCGACUUGAGCGAUAUAGGGGGAGCUUGGCUUAAUCUUCCACUUUUGUUACUACCGGGAACUGCACCAGGUGAUCAGCCUAGUGGGUCAGAAACGGCUCCACCUCGUAGAAGAUCCGCGUACGGUUUGCCACUAUUCUUGAGGCAUCAGGACGCGGUAGACGAGGACGUCGGCCCGAAACGAGCAGGUUCACUUCGUCUGACCUCCCGGAGAAGUUCGGCAAGGCGUCCGACACCCCCCGCUCGAGCCAGCACGCCGUCCCCGCACGCAAGCAGCGCCGUGAGCAUCCUCGUCACGGAAGCAUCCCCUGAUACCGCCCCUCCACCUUCAGCACCCCCCACUGUCGUUCGAGUCCUCGUACACCGAGAAAGUGACGAACAACCCAGCUGAUCUACGACCGAAGAGCCCUCAGAGGCUCCAACAAACCAAUAGUAUUAAACUUAAGAACCAGGCUGACAAAGACAAAGUGAGUGUCAAGUUUUAAAGAUCGAAUAUUGUGUUCACGCACGGGUAACAGUGAUAUUACAACGGUUAGGUCGUAAUUGUGAUUUUAAACCAAUUUAGAUUUAGACGUCGAUAAGUAUUGUUAUAUUUAAAAAAAAUAUAAAACGAAAAUAUCAAUUCCUUUAGUAAAAAUUAAUUAUAAAAUAACCGGAGACUUCCAUACGCAAUAAAAGUUAAAUAAAUAGCGUUAAAUCACUCAUCACGUUAAAUGACAGGUAAAAUGGUAAAACCGAUUUUAGCUUUACGCUUAUAGUAACUAAAUGCCGAUUCGUUAGAUGGUUUUUAUUAUAGAGAAUAUUUAAGUAUGGGGUAGAGUUGAGCGAUUGUAUAUUACUUUGUUAUUGUAAAUAGCGUUAUUAUGUACAAGCCGGCGACUGAUGUAACGUCGGGGCUUGUUAUAAGAAAUCUACGCGGAAUACGCAUCUACUUUUAUGUAAAGGCCAGGCUGUUCAAACAACCAAAAUAAAAAUAAACAAUUUUUUUGAAUGAUUGAUGCAAAAUUAUUCUUCAAAGUCGACAACCGUGUUAAUAUUAUUUUUGCACGACUUAUUUAUGUCCGGACAGCAAACAUACACGAGAAAGAAUAAGUAGAUAGGUUUUUAUUCCGCUUGUAAUGUCAUCGGCUUUUUAAUAUUUUACUUUUGAUAGCUUUUUGUUCUUAGAAAAUAAAUCCAUCUUAUAUAAUAUACUUAUGAAAAUUCAAUCAAAGAUAUCCUAGUUUUCAUUGACAUAGGAAGGUAUAUAAGACUUUAAAUGACGCCAUUCUUUUUCUAGUUUAUUACUUUUAUCUUUAUUUUUUUUUUUUGCUUCCACACAUGAGGAUAGGUGUUAAAAAUUAAUGGAUCAGAAUUAUAUAUAAUAUUCAAAGGCAGCUUUAAUUAUAAGUUAAUUAUAUACUUACCUUGGAAUUGGAAAAAAUGUAAUGCAGAAAAAACUUAGCCAAUUUUGUUUCAUACGAAUUUGGCGUUGACAAUCAUGAUUCUACUCCGUUAUGUUCGAAUUGAUCGAACGAUCCGGAAAUUUUCCAGUCUGUUCAAUUGUUAGAUCUAACAUAUUGGAAGCUAACAUUUAUUAAGUUUUGUUAGACUGCGAUUGUCGAAUAAACCGGAAAAAAAUCUUCUUGAUCUAUUAUGUUUUAAUCAAUUCCGAUAUAGCUAGCCCGAGCAUUUAAAAAAUCGGAUUUUUUCCCCCAACGUAACGGAAUAGACGGCGCCCGCGACUGUGGACAUGUCAAGAUGAUCAAUUAAUGUGGAUCUGGCCUAAGGGAUGUGCAAUGACGGCGAGCUACGAGCUUUUUAAACUGUAUGAGGAAUGAGGGUAAUAUGAUAAAAUUACCUACCCUACUCCCCAUUCGUUGAUUGUUUUCUAACUGAUAGCUUCUUCGCACAUCUCUGGUUAACAUCCUACGUAAAAAUUUCUUCAUGUUAUAGUCUCAAUGGAAGGAUAAUGGUUGUGUACUGCUUUGAGCAUUAAAUUAAAGCAAUCGACAGUACAGGAAGAACUGGAAUGCUCAGUAGAUAAAUGUGUAUUUUGUUUUAUGUAA